AUGCACGGACAGGGCUCGCCUGCGCCCGCUUUCCAGCAACCUUAUGGGCAGGGUCCUUACAACCCGCCUGGAGGCCAGCCUAUGUCCCGACAGGGUUCUCAGGUAUCUACACAUGAGCACCGGCCCGCUUCAAGCGCAAGCCAGGGUCCCCCGCCUAGCCAAGGCACCCCUCAGAUGCACCAUGCCCAGAUCAAGCCGGCGAUCGUGUCAUCGCCGCAGCAGUUCACACGCCCACCCAAGAAGAGUGCCGCUCUUAUUAUCAAGAACCCUCAAGGUGAGACUGUGGAUCUCGCACACCUCAAGGCCCCAGCUUCGCCAGCGCCCAGCACGCAACAGUCGAAGACUCCUCCGGUAGUAGCGUCGACUCCUCCGCCUCCUGUGACUGCUUCCAAGGCACCCAGCCAUGCUCGCACUGAGAGCACUGGCACGACAAAGACUGCCGAGGAAGUGCGCAACGAGUUCAAGGAGAAGAUGAAGCAAGCGGCCAUGGCUGAUAAGGCCAAGGAUGAAGAAGCUGCCAAGGCCAAGGAGGCAGAAGCUGCCGCCGAGAAGGCCGCGGCUGAGGAGAAAGCCAAGGCUGAAGAAGCCGCCCGGGUCGCGGAGGAGGAGAAGGCCAAAGCCGACGCUGCCAAGAAGGAAGAGCCUGAACCUGCUGCCAAAGAGCCCGCCAAGGCUGAGGAGACUGAGGAAGAAGAGCUCGAGCGCAUCAUCCGCGAGAUGGAAGAGGCCGACGCGAAGCGCGAGGCCGAGGAGGAGGAACGUCGUGCCAAGCGUAAGGUCGAGGAUGAAGAGAAGAAGAAGAAGGAGGAAGAGGAGCGCAAGGCCAACGCCGCAGCCAACGACCAAAAGUUGCGUGACGCGGAGGCUGAGAUGGAGCGUCUUGAAGAAGAGCGAGAGGCCAAGCGCCGGGCUCAAGGCUCGGUCGAUGUGCACGCCCUGCUCAAGGGUGACGCUGACAAGCCUAGCGAGCCUUCGACUGACGAGGCUGCGGACAAGCUUGCCAAGCUCUCCAUUGACGACAAGUCGACCCCGGCAGCAACAGCCAAGCCUGGGCCUGUUGGGCGUGGCAACAAACCUGCUGCACUCAACCUGGCUCCUCUGAAAACGAACUCGAUCGAGCCCCCACAGCCCAGUGCUGCUUUACAGUCGCUCAAGACUGCGAGACUUCUGGAUACCAUCAAGACGGACAUAUACCCUGCUGGUAUCCAGUCCCCGAACCCAGCAUUGAACGCUGCAGUUUCUCGCAAGGGUACUUCCUUCAAAUACGAUCCUUCUUUCCUUUUGCAAUUCAAGAGCGUGUUCACUGAGCAGCCGUCUCUGGACUUCAAUCAGCAAGUCAAGACGCUCAUUGGCGAUGGAGACGGCGGCCGUUCUGCCUCUGCCAGAACGCCUGCUGGCUCUGGACGGCAGCCCAGCAAGGGUGGCCUUGGCUUCCCGAUGGGAGGAUUUCCUCAGCCAGCACGCACGCUACCUCCCGGCACUACCUCCGAGCAGCGUUUGGCUAUGACCUCAGGAACCAUGCCCCGACCACCAGUCCCGGGUCCUAUGCAAAGCUUCCAGCGACCGGGUGGCGCAUUCCCCAGCUCCAUGUCGGGUCGUUCUGGUUCCGGCUCGAUGGGAUCGCACAGCGGUAGGCAAGGAAGCAAGGGCGGUGGCCGCAACCCGAGCAAGCAACACAACCAUAAGCAGGAAGCUCAGGCAGCUAAGACCAUGCCGCUCACUGCUGGUAAACCUAUUGAGGCACUUACGCUUUCCUCCACUGGCUGGAAGCCCACAAGCAUCGGCAAGCCAAUUGCCGCUAGCGCGGUGAAGGAGGGCGAGCUUAUGGAUCCCGCCAUGGUGCAACGCAAGGUCAAGGCCGCCUUGAACAAGAUGACCCCAGAGAACUUUGACAAGAUCUCGGACCAAAUCCUCACCAUUGCUGCGCAGUCGAAGGAGGAGACGGAUGGCAGGACACUGCGACAGGUCAUCCAGCUCACCUUCGAGAAGGCCACAGAUGAGGCCCACUGGGCUUCCAUGUAUGCCAAGUUCUGUAAGCGCAUGCUGGAGACUAUGAGCCCAGAAAUCCGCGACGAAAGCAUCAUCGACCGCCAAGGUCAGGUCGUCAGUGGUGGCAAUCUGUUCAGAAAAUACUUGCUCAACAGAUGUCAGGAAGAGUUCGAGCGCGGCUGGAAGACCAACCUCCCUGAGCCUAAGGAGACUGAUGGUGACAAAAAGUCAAUGGAAGCCGCCAUGCUGUCCGAUGAGUACUAUAUUGCGGCAGCGUUGAAGCGCCGUGGUCUGGGUCUUGUUCAGUUCAUCGGUGAGCUCUAUAAGCUUGGUAUGCUGACUGAGCGCAUCAUGCACGAAUGUGUCAAGAAGCUCGUCGACUACAACGGUGUGCCCGACGAGGCUGAGAUUGAGUCCCUCUCCAAGCUUCUUCGUACAAUCGGUGGCAACCUCGACGCAACCGAGAAGGGUCGUGUCAUGAUGGAUGUUUACUUUGUUCGUAUCCAGGGCAUGAUCGAUCAUCCGGAGAUCAACAGCCGUCUGAAGUUCAUGCUCAUGGACAUUGUCGAUCUCCGCAGGGCCAAUUGGCACUCCAAAGAGGCCAACAAGGGUCCGAAGACACUGGAGGAGGUCCGCGCCGAGGCAGAGGCCGCGGCUGCCGCGAAGGCUGCUGAGGCAGCUCGCUCCAACACGCGUGGUGGUCCUGGUCGACCUCAACUUGGACGUGGCGACGCCAGAGGCUAUUCUUCCGGCUUCCCGCAAACGGCCCCGAACCAAAUUGGCAUGGACGACCUACGGCGCUUGAAGGGUGGUGCCAACCGUACUUCGAGUUCCGGCAUGACCUUGGGUCCCAUGAACUCUAUGCUGAACUCCCGGAGCAACAGCGGCAGAAGGUUGGGAUCAGCCAUGACACGGGGCAACGAGGACUCUGCCGCGUCUUCGCGCAACGGCACUCCCCCUGUCACGCAGAAGAGCACCAAUGCCUUCGAGGCUUUGGCUGGUCUGGAUACGGAACACCCGACAUCGCCUCCCUCGACUGCCGCUUCCCCCGCCUUGGCUAAAGUAGCUCCCGAGGCUGCCGGCGGGAAGGAGAGCAGCUAG